ACGUAACAUUUUGAUGUAUUAAAUAAAUAGUAAAUUGACAUUUGAAAAUUUCAUCAAGCAAUUUCAUACAAGCGAUUCUCCAUGGGCAGCAUGACCAUACCGUCAAGACCAGCGCCCGCACCGCCAAUGUCACGCGGUCAGAAUGCAGCAGCCGGCGCGAAUGCGAGUCUGGAGCAGCUGCGCCAGCAACUGCAGCAACAGCAUCUACAGCAGCAACAGGCCUCCAAUGGUGGGCUACAGAAGCUGAGCAUUAAGCUGCCGCCGCCACCGAAGGGUCAAGUGCAGCCAAAUAGUUUUCACAAGAAGCCGGCAGGCAGCAACAACAACUACUUUGAUGUGGAGGGCAGCGGGUCGAGCAUAACGCGCAAGUUUCCUCAGGCACGAUAUACACCGACAACCAAUUGGAACGAUGCCCCAUUCGAUGGCGCUUCCGCCUCGGUUAACAAUGGCAACACUUUCAAGAAAAUGCCACCGCCACGACCGCCACCGCCCAAAGUUCAGAUAAAUGGCCGUAAACUGGCUAGCUUGAGCUCAGGGAGCAUUGGGGGUGGUGGAGGUGGCGGUGGCAGCAGCCAUAGUCAUAGCCAUAGCAUCAUAAGCAACAUUUUCCAUCGCAAGAAGUCGUCGGCCACGGCAACGGCUGCUGCUUCCAAGGCCGCAGCGCAAACUCGCGUCUACGGCCUGAGCAGCGGUCAUGCCGUGUCCUCUACGACGACCGCAUCGGCUGGGGCUAGUGCAUCCAGCCAGUUCACGAAUAACUCAAACACGUACGAUUGGAAUGCAGCCUGGAAUACGGCGAGCACAACAACCAGCAGCAACACGAUGAAGAGCUCGAGUAGCAGCCAUCGGGAGACGGCUGAGGCGCAGCUAAUCAGCUUCGAUUCGCCGCCUUCAUCGCCCACUUUUACGCAGAAGUCAAACAGCGACUGCGUCAGCGUCGACAGCUUCAGUUCGGACAGCAAUUUCAGUUCACCAAACAAUGGUAGUGUCUCGCAGCCGGAGAGCGGUUUCGAGGAUGACUAUCACUUGCGGUCGCGACCCGCGACACAAAGUCCCCUGGUGGAUCCCUGGGAGGCGGUGGACAGCAGCAUCUAUAGCGGUGGCGUCGAUAGUUUUGGUGCAGCGCCAGUGCGUCAAAUGCAUCCACAGCUUUCGGCACGCACCUCAGACAAUCCACUGUGCAACGGCAAGAGUCUGCUUCCGCCCACACAGUCGCUGACCAUGCCCACCAUCAUUAAGCCGAAGAUAUCGCAGAAGCCUAAGGCACCCAAGCCGCCGCCAUUCAUUGUCCAGCCGCCAGCUCAUGCCUAUGGUGGCUACAGCACACCGCCGUCGCCACCCAUGCCAAAGUGCGCCCCACCGACUCUGCCGGCGGCCGCUGCCUCUUCUGCGUCUGCCAACAUUUCGCUGCUGGAUGUCAUAUCGGGCAAAGUGGACGCCCUGGCCCUGACCAAUGGUAGUACUGGCUACGUGGACGACAUCCAGGUGCCAUAUGCGAUUGCGCUCUAUGAUUUUGAUGGCGUCGAGGAGGGCGAUCUUAGUUUCAGAGAAAAUGAGAAGAUCUAUCUGCUGGAGCAGCCCACUGCGGAAUGGUUUCGCGGUCGCUCACGUACGGGCUGUGAGGGCCUAUUUCCUGUAAAUUAUGUCGAAGUUAAGGUGCCAUUGGGCGGCAGUGCAGCAGCAGGUGCAACUCAUACACAGUCCCAGUCCCAGGAACGGCAACAGCAACAGCGACAGCAGCAGUUGUCCACUGCGCGUUGUCUGUACAAUUUUCCCGGGGAAGUUGAGGGAGAUCUUCCCUUAAGGGAAAAUGAAAUAGUAAACAUUCUUUAUCGUAUUAACGAGGAUUGGCUGUAUGGGGAGGUGAAUGGACGGCAGGGCCAAUUCCCGGCCAAUUUCCUAGAAUAUGUCCCCGAUAAUCUACCUACGCUGUGAACACAUAUUUGAAAUAUAUCAGUAAGAGACAGGAAAUAGCAACUAUAUUUAAAUUAUACAAAGAAUAUAUAUCUAUAAGGAGAAAGCCGCAAAUAUCGUUGGAACUGAAACAUAUUGUAUUUCCUUUUGAUAAACUACAACAAAUAAGCGCCCAGAAACACAAAACACGGAGACGCAUCUUCACAAAGCUAACUAAUUAAUUAUAAAUAUAUAUGAUAUAUGUGCGUUAAGUCUCGACCUUAGGAAUUAUUUUACAAAAUAGUUGUACGGCGUGAAAUCAAAGUCAAACCCAAUCAAGAUCCAUAAAUUGUUUUUCCCUUUUGAUUAUUUAUGUAAUUAACAUGUUGAUAACUAAUUCAAAGUAUUCGAGAAAGUUUGGUGCAUUGUAAAUGAUAUCGCGUGAUGAUCUAUUGAUCCAUUUUAUUAAUGUUAAAAAGUAACAAAUGAUAUUUCAACUAUAUAUACAAACAUAUUGUUUUCGUCGUCUAAUUUAGUUAGUUAUUUAGUUAGGCACAUUUAUCAUUUCCAAUUGAUGCAAAUCUUAAAUUUUAUACAUAUAUACAUACAUAAUAAUAAAGUGCGCAUGUGUGCUAUUAAAAGAACUACGAUAUAAGCUAUAGGGAAGUCAGGCAACUAAGCAUAUAUGUAUAUGUCAAGAUACGAUGAACUGAAAUAAAUGCAAAUUAUGAAAAACACAA